AUGAUAAACCCAAACGACUUUUACACAGUGACUAUAGAUAGUAGUAAUAAUGAGACCUUUACUAUACAUAAGCAGUACAAGAUUAUUAGAAAAGUUGGGGCUGGAUCAUAUGGAUCUGUCUGCAGUGCGUUAAAUGUCAACACGAAUGAAGUGGUUGCUAUUAAAAAGUGUCGUCAUAUCUUUGAUAAGAAGCUCAUCACAAAACGCUGUUUACGAGAAAUGAAGUUACUUCAACACUUUAACGGACACCCGCGUAUUAUUGACUUGAAAUCAAUGGAUAUCGUUGACCCCGAACGAUUUAAUGAAGUGUAUCUGAUCCAAUCUUGUUGUGAUACAACCAUGGCUGACAUUAUUCAUUCAAAACUUCAAUUGGAGCCAGUUCACUACCAGUGGUUCAUGUAUCAGUUAUUUUCAGGGCUAAAAUACAUUCAUAGCGCCAAUGUGUUGCAUCGUGAUUUAAAACCAGCCAAUAUCCUUGUGAAUGAAAACUGUGAUCUUCGUAUUUGUGAUUUUGGUAUGGCGCGAGGAAUAGCUAAACCUUCAGCAAAGGUCGAGCUACAAAAUAUGACACAUUACGUUGUCACUCGAUGGUACAGAGCACCCGAAAUUAUGCUCAGCCGCAAUUCUUAUGACAAAGCAAUUGAUCUCUGGUCUGUGGGUUGUAUCUUUGCUGAACUGCUGGGAAGAAAAGUACUAUUUAAAGGCACAGACUAUGUCGAUCAGCUUCAUAAAAUUGUGGGAACCCUGGGAUUGCCAAAAGAUACCACAUUCUGGGACAGCUCAUCAUCCGUUACGGAAUACAUCCGAAGCUUAAGGGACGUCAACGGAAAUCCUCCGCCAGAGGAGCCCAUCGAUUUCUCACUUUUAUUCCCCAACUGCCCUCCGGAAGGCAUUGAUUUGUUAAAGCAACUCUUAAUGUUAAAUCCUUCGAAACGUAUUACAGCAAGUGAAGCACUAAAACACCCCUUUGUCGCAUCUGUCAGAGAUAAAUCAGAAGAGAUCGAGUGCGAAAAGCUAUUUGAUUUUGAAAGCUUCGAAAUGAUCGAAAGUGAGCAUGUACUGAGACAGUGUAUUAUUGAAGAGGUGCUAAAGAGCAAAGGCAUGAGCGAUGAUGAUGUAUCAAGAUUAGCUAUUAACCAUUCUGCCGGCCAUCAGAGUCAUCGUCGAUAUACUGGAAGCUCCAUUUCGACACCCUCAUCUGCUAGUAUUGCAGAAGCCAAUCUCAAUGCCAUCCAUGCUGCUCAGCAUGGCAAAGAAAUCACAAUCCAAAAUACAGCUCAAGACUGUCAUCAAUUCAUUAUAGGAGAAACCUUUGUGCGAGAGCCCGAAGAUAUGGAUGAGGAUGAUAUCAAGCAACUGGAUAGCGAUGAAAGCAUAGGUGUUGGCAAGAGACGCACCUUGAUUGGCCCAUCUAAUGCUGACUAUAGUGCAUUAGAACGUCAACUAAGUAGAGACUGGUAG